AUGGUUCUCACCGCUAAAACAAGCUUCCAAAUUGCGAUACGGACUAAUACUACUAUGUCUCUCAGCAGGAAGGAGGUCAAAAUCAUCAGUCUUAUGACUCUUGAUACCGUAUUCUUCCUUGUGGAGAUCAUCAUUGGUUACUUGGUCAACUCAUUGGCUUUGAUAGCUGACUCAUUUCACAUGCUUAACGAUAUUCUUUCAUUAUCUGUGGCUCUUUGGGCUGUUAAUGUGGCCAAGAAUAGAGUUGCUGAUGCCAAAUAUACUUACGGUUGGCAACGUGCGGAGAUUCUCGGUGCCCUUGUCAACGGUGUGUUUUUAUUUGCUCUUUGCUUUACCAUUUUCAUCGAGGCCAUCCAGAGGCUUAUAAGUCCUCCAAUAAUUACGAAUCCGCAGCUUAUUCUAUAUGUUGGUGCCUUAGGUUUGGCUUCCAAUAUUGUGGGGCUUUUUUUGUUCCACGACACCUCGGACCAUUCACUAUCAUCUUCUCACACUCAUUCUCAUGAACAGGCCGACGAUUUAGAGGUCGGCGAGUCUUCUACUAGUGAGUAUGGCACUAUGGUGAACGGUCACGGCAUCAACGGCGUCUUCAAAGGCACUCCUUCACCUCUCACAUCUUCUAUGGGACCUCAGCCUGACGAUUCGGACAUUGAAAAUGUUUUGCCUUCCGUGGUGGUUAGUGAGCUUGAUCGUUCUGCAUCAGGAGAAAUUAGCCUGUCCUCUUCAUCGUCUCCAAACAGUAGUCCCGCUCAUCUUGCUCGAAGACGUCGAAAGAAAGGACAGAAGACUAGAUCUCUAAAUAUGGAGGGAGUAUUCUUACACGUUUUAGGAGACUCGCUAGGUAACGUGGGAGUGAUGGUUACCGCCAUUUUGAUUUGGAAGACAGACUACAAAUUCAAAUAUUACUUUGAUCCCUUAGUUUCUCUUUUCAUUACCUGUAUCAUCUUCUCCACUGCCCUACCACUAUGUAGGUCAUCAUCCAGAAUUUUGUUGCAAGGAUCUCCUAUAACAAUCGACUCGGAUGAGGUGAAAAAUGCAAUUCUGCACAUACCAGAGGUGAUUUCUGUCCACGAUUUCCAUAUCUGGAACCUCACAGAGUCUUACCUGAUCGCUACAAUGCACGUUGAUCUCAACUGCUCUCCAGAAAAGUUUUUGGCAGUGGCCUCUAACCUCAAAUCCCACCUCCAUGAUUACGGCAUUCACAGUGCUACCAUUCAGCCGGAGUUCUCAGACUAUUACGCCAAAGUUAACAUGCUUCCAAAAAGGUAUUCAUCAUCUCAGAAUCUUCCAGGUUUGGCCGGAACUUCUUCGGCUUCUGCAAAUAGUGCUACAGCUAACGAAAGUACUGCGUUAUUGGAAUCGAGUGCUUCUGUACGUAAUGCUGGUAAGAACGACUCCUCAUCGAACAUUCAUUGUAUGGUUGAUGCUUCCGCCGGAUGUACGAUGUCGGAUUGUGUUAAUCAGUCUUGA